AACACGUCCGCCGCCGCCCGAGGGUCCAGUAGCAGCCAGCCUGCAUCUAUGACAGCCGCCGAUGAUCCUGUUGACCGCCACUUCACCACGCUGUCGCCGCCGCCAGCACAUCGCGCUGACUCAACUUCAACGUGAUGCCUUCAAAGGUGAAGAAAUUGUGGAUCAUGGGACAACCAGGAAGGUGGUUCUAGAUCUGGAAUCCAUCGUGUAUUGCCUACUUAACAAGAUGUCCUUUUGGCCAAAAGAUUGCUUGGUCAACAGUCUUUUUGAUGUGCUGGUCUGCAACUCAGCAAUUCAGCUAUAUGCUUGUAGCUUCAGGCGCCUGGACUGCAAGUUAGACAAGACCACUACACAACUGGAAUUUAGCGUCAGUCAGCUCUAAUACUCAUCUGUUC